AUGGACUACCAAAAUCGAGCGGGCUCCAAGUUCGGGGGUGGUGGUGUAGCCUCGCACUCGGCGACAAACGCCGACCGGCGUGAACGGCUGCGAAAGCUCGCCCUCGAGACCAUCGACCUGGACAAAGAUCCCUACUUCUUCAAGAACCACGUCGGCUCCUUCGAAUGCAGACUGUGUCUCACGGUGCACCAGAACGAUGGCUCCUACCUCGCCCACACGCAGGGGCGGAAACACCAGACCAACCUCGCGCGACGCGCGGCGCGGGAGCAGAAGGAGAUGCAGAAGGACGGCAACCUGGCGGGCGCGGGGAUGAUGGGCGUGCAGGUGCGCAAGAACAUGGUCAAGAUCGGCCGCCCGGGUUACAAAAUCACAAAGAUCAGGGAUCCCCUCACCCGGCAGGUGGGCCUGCUGUUCCAGCUCCUGUACCCGGAGAUCACGCCCAACGUGCAGCCGCGCGUGCGGUUCAUGAGCGCGUUCGAACAAAAAGUCGAGGACCCGGACAGGGACUACCAGUACCUCCUGGUGGCGGCCGAGCCGUACGAAACGUGUGGGUUCAAGCUACAGAGUCGGGAGGUGGACAGGAGAGAAGGCAGGUACUGGACGUGGUGGGACGCCGACGCCAAGGAGUUUUGGUGCCAGGUGCUCUUCAAGACGGAGAGAGACGAGAGGUACUCGAAUGUACCGGGCCUGGCACCGGCGGCGGGCAAGAAGUGA